CGCCUCACGGGAAGGUGGCCGCCGCCGCAGCCGCUGGAGCCGCAGCCACUGCAGCCAUCGCUGUGGUUCUCCUCAACCUCAAGAGGUAAUCUGGUGCUCUGAAACGAGGCGCCGGAAGUUUUUGCUCUGCUGCUAUGUAUGGCUCAUACGAGACUGGAUAAUCCUUUUCUGUCGGUGGCGCGCGCUGUUAUUACUGGACUGCUAGUGUUAUGGAUUUACGUUCUGCUGGUUAGUAGCCUGAUGAAUCUGCAGAGUUGGGCACUUAUAUCGCGAGCCCUUAUGUUUACGCACUUUGCCUUGCCAUGGUAAUAAUAUGUGAAGACUACGUUGCCACCUGUUGCUGCUA